CAAUGGGAUGCGCGCUUUCAUCCGUGCCCGCGGAAAGUCAAAGGCCGUUUGGAAACGUUUUUUUUCCCCUUCCUAAUGUUUCGAAAUCAUUCCCCUCAGAUUAAAGUGGCGGUUUUCCUUCGUGUCGUGGUGCUAGAGUGGAGUUGGUGGCAUUUAGAACUCUAACGCCGAGAGAGAGAGAGUUGUGCGUGUUCUUAUGACCGGUUUUAUUUAUUCCGAAGGAGGUUGAAAAGGGGGAGGGAGGGAGGGAAGGGAGGGAGAAAAUUUCCGGCCAGGAUCGGAGUGGUGCGGAUUGAGUCUGAAAACAUUCGGCUGGGCCCCGGAGUGGGACAGUGAAUGGGAGCACGCAAUCCUGGGCUCGCCUGAGGAGAGAGGGGUCGGGAUCCCGGCCACACUGGAGCUGUCAAAUGUGAACAUUCCCACUCUGACUUUGGAAGAAAGGUUAUUGAUGAGGAAGAUGAAGACCGUUGCACGUAGGACACUGACUUGAGAAUCUACUGCAGUGAUGUCCUGGGAUGAGGAAAAAGACCUUCAACCAAAUUUCUUAUUUGCAAGAGCACUGACAUCAAAGCUGGUGCAUUCCUUUAUUGGAACAAAUACAUGCCUCGGUGGAGAACUAUGGAUUCAACUGUCGAUGAUGAUGCAAUAGAUGCUUGAAUGAGGUGACAGCCGAAGGAAGAAGGAACGAUGCCCAAGGGUGGGUGUUCUAAAACACCACAAUCGGAAGACUCGCUCAACAUCGAUAUGGUGGAGAAACAAUCGGGGAAGAAGGAUAAGGAAAAAAUCUCAUGUAACAAGACUCCAAAGCUGGACAGAUGUGAAGGAGGGAAGGAGGUGAAAGAGAAGGCAUCGAAGCGGAAACUGCCUUUUACUAUUGGGGUUAACAGCGGUGAUCAGAAAGACUCAGACACUGAAAAGCAAGGUCCAGAACGGAAAAGAGUGAAGAAAGAGGCUGGAACCAGAAGGUCUGGAUUGUUUGGGGCAGGAAUAAGGGCAGGCUGUCCACUCUCAGAACGACAACAAGUUGCUUUGCUGAUGCAAAUGACGGCAGAAGAAUCAGCAAAUAGUCCAGAUCGUACCCCAAAUCACCCCUCACAGUCGAUUUUUGGACAAAAGAGAACACCGAGUUCUGCUUCCAAAACCAAAGACAAAGUAAAUAAGAGGAAUGAACGUGGAGAGACUCGACUUCACCGUGCUGCCAUUCGAGGAGAAGCACGUCGCAUAAAAGAACUCAUCAGUGAAGGUGCAGAUGUGAAUGUGAAAGAUUUUGCAGGUUGGACUGCUCUGCAUGAAGCUUGCAAUAGGGGUUACUAUGACGUGGCUAAGCAACUCCUUGCAGCAGGCGCUGAGGUCAAUACAAAAGGCUUGGAUGAUGAUGCACCUCUCCAUGAUGCAGCUAACAAUGGUCACCGCAAGGUUGUAAAGUUGCUGUUGAAAUACGGAGGGAAUCCCCAUCAGAGUAACAGAAAAGGAGAGACGCCGCUCAAAGUUGCCAAUUCCCCCACCAUGGUGAACCUGUUACUGCGAAAGGGUUCUUGCAGCUCCAGUGAUGAGAGUUCAACAGAAAGUUCAGAAGAUGAAGAUGCCCCCUCAGUUGCUCCCUCCAGUUCAAUUGAUGGUAAUAACACAGACUCUGAAUGUGAGAAAGGCCUGAGACACAAAAUCAAGCGACAACAGUUAUCUAAAACAGUUACAUCAAUGAAAGAUGAGUAUGAAUUUGAUGAGGAUGAUGAGGAAGAUAGAGUACCACCCGCUGACGAUAAGCAUUUGCUGAAAAAAGAUCAUAAAAAAGACUUAAAAACGAACAGUUGUAUUUAUAUUCCUAAAUUAGAGACAAAAUCUUCUAAAAAUUCCCUUCUAACACCAAAGAAAACCCCACGACGUAUUUUAUCUGACACCAACAGUUCCGAUGAAGAGGAUAGCUUAAUACGCUUCUCUCCUCCUCUAACCAGGCCUUCGGUGCUCUCCAGUCUGCCUGCUGCAAACUCGAAACAAAGACAGUCACCAGUAAAAAUACAGCACAAAGAGAAAGCUAAAGUGAACAGAAAAUGGAAAAAAGAUGUGAAAAACAAGGAAGGCAGAUUGAGUAAGGAUGAAGACCAUUUCCAUUCAUCUGCAACAGAAAGUAACGAUUCAGAAAGUGAGGAGGAGGAGGAGGAUAAGGGUUCAAUACAGAGUGGACUUAGCAUGAAGGACUCUUAUGUGAGCUUGAAAGAAUCAACAAUGUUCUCUUCACUGUCUGCAUCCUGUUCUUCCUCCCAAGGAAGCUAUGCAUCGUCAAAGCAUAUUCCCAGUCUUGCACGUCAACAUUCUAAACCCUGGCGAGCUGAUGGUUGGAAAUCAAAUAUGUCACCGGUGUGGUCUGAUGUGAGUUCUUUGUCGGAUUCAGUAAGAACACGACUGACAAGUGAAUCAGACUAUUCUUCUGAGGACUCCAAUUUAGAAACUGUUAAACAAGUGAAAGAAAAAAGAGAUAAUAAAAAGAAAAGUCUUGUUGAUGGAGAUGAAACUGCAAAGAAAAUGGCUGAAGAUAUCUUCCAGCUUUUGAAUGCUGAUGAAAUAGUUCAGAAAUGUGAUAAGCAGGGCAAAGUUGUUAAAAAGCAUAAAAUGAAACACAAGCACAAAAUAAAAAACAAAGAAAAGGGGAGGUCUCAGAAUACCUUGACAGGCAGUGAUAAGUUUUCAAGAAGUUUGAGUAGAGAAACGGACAAACUUAAGCAAAGAGUAGAAAGAUCUUUAAGUGCAGCAACUGAAAGUUUUUCAAUUGAUCGAAUAAAAAUAUUAAAACACAAUAAAGACCAGUUGAAGAAGGAAGAUAAAGAAAAACUGAAAGACAAAUCUGAAGAAAAAGACUGGGUGCCAAAAGAUGAAAUAGGGAAAACCUGUAAACAAGAAAAGUUAAAGAAAAUCAAAGAUCUCUCCAAAGAUAAUCACAAGUCUUUAAAGGAGGAGAAAGACAAAAUGUUCAAAGUAGAUAAAGAAAAACUCUUUAAAGAGAAAUCUUCUAAAGAAGAAAAGUUUAAAACCCACAAAGAUGAUAAGAAAGAGGCAAAAGACAAAUCUUCAAAGGGAGAGAAACAUUUGAAACAAGACAAAGAAAAAUCUGUAAAGGAUGACAAAAAACUUAAAAAAGAUAAAGUUCGCAAAGAGGAAUCUGAUUAUGAUGAUCCAAAGACUAAAAGUCAUUUUCUAGACAGUGACGAUAGGUUUAGUAUGUCUGACCAUGAAGAAAAUUGGUUUUCAGAUUUGUCCUCCAAUUCUUCUUCGUAUGAUGUAAAAGGGGUAGCUAAUUGGGUUAUUCCAAUGAAAGACUUCAAGGAAUUAAAAGAUGGCACAACAGGGAAACUAACUGCUGAAACAAUGAAAGAAGAAUGCAAGGAGAAGAAGAAAGAAUCCAAGGUAAAAGAUAAGCGAGAACUAAAUGAAAAACGCUCUGACAAAGACUGCAUAAGAAAGAAAGAUCGUGAGUAUGUGGAGAAAAGUGCAGAGAAGAAAAAAGAACAACUUGAUAAAUAUAAAUUGGGGCAGAGCUGUUUUCUGGAAAAAGAGAAAAGAAGUAAAGACCUUAUUGAAAGUAUUAAAGACAGAAAAGAUAAAGAAGCUAUUGAAAGCAUUAAAGAGCGAAAAACCCCGAUUGCUGAAUUCUGCAAGGAAAGAAAAGACUUUAAGGGAAAGACUGACGAUGCAACUAAAACAGAUUCAAAAGAAUGUGGAAAUGAAACUUUCUUCAAGGACAAGUAUGAAAGUGACUUCAGCGGAAGGACAAUGGAAGCAAGGGAGAGGCAUUAUUCAGGAAAAGAGGAAAGAAAGGAUGGAACUGAAAAGAGGGAAAAGAUAAAAACUGAAAAAUACAAGGAAAAGUCUAAGGAUAGAACUUCAAUUGAAAUUGAAAAGGAAAAAGAGAAGAGCUUGACUGAUAAAGUCUUAAAGGACAAAGAUGUGGAUAAAGAAAAGCUAUUCAAAGAAUUGAGCGGUUUCAAAGAAAAAAAGGAACAAAAGGAAAAGAACAAAGAUAUCUUUAGCCGAGACAAGGACAGAAAAACAUUGUCAGAUCUCGGUAAAGAAAAGCGGGACAAAAAUAUAGUGGAAAAACAUGCAGAAAAAGAUAAAGACUUUAUCGAAAGAAAGGAGAAAGAAAAAACAGAUAAGCAUAAAGGAAUUGAUACAGAACUUGGAAAGGAAAAGAUUUGGCAUAGCAUAGCAAAUGACAUCUUCACAGAUGAAAGUGGGGAUGAGUUAGAGUAUUGUGACACGGAACUUGGGAUUAAUGAAAUGUGCAGAAGUGACUUACUGCCUGAUAAAGAGGAGGCAAAAACAGAGAAGGAACUAUUUCCUCAUGAGAAACACCGAAAAUACUCGACUGAUAAACAACAUUUAGCAGAGAAACCAAGAGUAAAAGAACUUAAAGAUAAGAAAAAGGAUAAAAUAUUAAUAGAUUGUGGGAAAGAUAAGAGAGAAAAGUGUUUGCCUGAAAAACAUAAAGAAAAGAAAGAUAAGGAAUCAGUUGAUAAAUUUAAAGAGAAAAAGGACAGAGUAUCAGCAGAUUCAAUUCUAGAAAAGAAACUCAAGCCAAAACUUCCAGAAAAGUUAGAAAAGCAGCACUCCAUUGAUGAAAAGUCAAAAGGUAAGCUAAAAGAAAAAUCUGACAAAGAACUUUUGAUAAAGGAAAGGAGGCUUUCAAAGGGAAUUCCAAUAGAAGAAAAUAAAUGCUCAGAAAAGCUGCAGAGUUCAAGCUUUAAUGAAUUUAAAGAAGAUUCCAAUGACAAGAUCAGUGAAGUUUCAUCUGACAGCUUAAUAGAACGACUACAUGAUUCCACAAUGUGUACCUUAAGUGAUGUUCUGAAUGUUGGUCAAGACAAUGUGGAGGAAAAGUUAAAGGAUUCACUUAAUGUUUUGUUUUCACAAGAAAAAUGCAAAGAAAAGGAAAGAAACAGACAUCUGUCGUCAUCAUCAAGAAAAAAUGAACGAGACAAGGUGAAGAAAGAAAAGCGGGAUAAAUCUGAGGAAUUCAAAGAAGUUGUUGGUAAACGAGAAGGCCCAGUGCUUGAACAAGAGCUCUUGAUGGGAGAUUGUGAUUGCAUGAGCCAUUUUUUAAAAGCUGAAAAGGAUGAUGAAUUAGACAAAAGUGGAGAUGUUGUUUACAGUGAGAAGAAAGAUAAAAAUGAAUCUGAAAAGGAAUUGUCUAAAAAAGUAGAGAAGGUGCCAAGUGUUUUCAUUGGUGUCAAGGAGAGGGAAAAAGACAAAAAAAAGAAAGACAAACAUAAGGAUAAAUCAAAAGAUGAUAAAGAAAAGCACAAGGAAAAACACGGAGAAUCGGUCAUAGUAUUCAAGCAGUCUAAAGAAGAACAUAAGUUGAGCCUUAAAGAGUCUUUUUCUAUAGUUAGAGAGUCAGGUGGAAACAAAGAAAGAGCAAAAGAUGACGGUUCAAAAAAUAUUGAAAUCAAACAAAAGGAAAAAAUCAAAGAGAGUUCAGAAAAGGACAAAAAUGAAUCCUUUAAGUUUAGAAUCACUGAAAAUGAAAAACUAAAUCAAGCUAAAGAAGUCUUGCGCAAAGACAGCAGACCUAAGGAAAAACUUUUAGGUGAUGGAGACCUGAUGAUGACCAGUUUCGAACGAAUGCUGAGCCAGAGAGAUCUAGAAAUUGAAGAACGUCAUAAAAGGCAUAAAGAGCGGAUGAAACUGAAGGAGAAAAUGAGGCAUAGGUCAGGAGAUCCCAAGUUGAGAGAGAAAACCCGAAGUACUGAAGAAAUACGCAGGAAAACGGUUGAUAUGUUAACAAAACAAAGUUCACUCGAUUCUCAACAAAAGGACAAAAAGCUUAAAGAUCAAGGACCAGGGCAGAUUAUGCCUUUGGAUGCAAAUGUUCAGCUUGUUGCUUGCCCUGAUGUGAAAGACUGGCUUUCAACUCCUGGACUAAAGGCAAAUUUACCUGCUUCACCAAGAUCUGAGCAGGAUCGGCCAACAGGUGUUCCAAAGAUGACUGCAAUGGUUUCUUGUCCAAGUUAUGAAGAUUUACUGCCCACAGCCCAUAUGCCUAACUGUGUGAAUGAAGAUUUUACCGAUCUGUUUGAAGGAAUAGAGUCCCAGAAUUCCAUGACCAUGUCAGCAAUAUCCAUGAAUGCCUAUUCUCCUACUUUUUUCGAUAGAUACAUUAGCAUCCCCACUGGCAAUCAAGGCAAUCCAAAUCAGACACCAACCAGCACUGUUCACAUAUCCAGCCUCUUUCGAUCUGUGUCAAUGGAUACCAGAAGGCCACAAGAAGUAUUUGAUAAUUCUGAAAAGUUCUUUAGACAGCAAAGUGUGCCUACUUCAUCAGAUUAUGAAAUUUCUAUUGCACAGCCAAUGGAGGAAAAAUCAUUUGUUCAUCCUGAGAGAUUCUCUGGUUUAUCGCCGUGCGUUUCACCUGAGCAUAGCAUUUCCUCACCGCAGGUAGAACAGUCGCAUUCUAGAGCUGCAAAGUCGUUCACUGAAAAUCUUGCCCCUCCCCCUGAAAGUGUUCUUAAUCAUUUGCAUGCAAAAUCAUUGCCAUCGCAAAAUCCAGAACCACUGGAGCCAUCUCUAGAUAGCUUAGUCACUGAUUUGGCCUUGCCAUUAGAUUCUUCAGAGCUGCAACCAAAUACUCCUUUGAUUUCUCCUAAUUCAGCUUUAAAUGCCAGUCUUGUGCCUAUACCUGGAGCGCCAUUUACUUCCAAUGAUUCAGCCCAGAAUAAAUUAAGCUAUCCAUCUUCUCCACACAGCCAAAAUGAGCAGUUACCCCUCAGCCCAAUGAGUAAUUCAAUGAAUUGGUCAAUGGGUUCUGAAUUGCACCUAAAGUCACCUCAUCAAUCUUUUGGUGAAAUUACCAGGCUACAGUGUCCUCCAGACACUAUACAUAAUACAGAAUUGCCAUUUGAUUCAUCUAUUUUAUCUCACUUUCCUGAAUCCCCUGUCCAGUGCCCAAUAUCAGGAUCUGACACGGAGCAAGAUGGAAACAGAGAUGAAAUGUCAGGACUGGACCAAGUGGAACAGUCAGUAGCAUUGGAUAAUGCUUUACCAUACAUGUCUCCGAUUAAAGCAAAUUCACCAUUUGAUACCUGUAAGUCACUUCCUGAUGAGUGCUGUACUGCAGCUUCAGAAAUGCACAACAUAGUCGUGGAAAACCAGCAGGAACAAAUUAAAGUUUCAGAAAAAUGUGAUGAGCCACAGCAGAAUGUUACUGCUGGACAACAAGAAGAACACUUGCCAUGGGGUGAUUCUUUUGCAGAUUCAAUUGAUGAUCUUGAUCUGGGACCAUUUUCACUUCCAAUCCUACCAUUACCUGACAGAGAAGACCCAGACAUAGAAAUGACAGAACCAGAAUCUGAAGAGAGUGCUCAGAUAACUGAAGCUAAUGAUCCUGUAGUUAGUAGUACACAUACUGAAGGUACAGAUCAUACUGCUAUAUCAUUAGGGGAAGAGCAUGGAGCUAUCAAUGAGAUUCUAAAAACAGUUACUCUGCCAGUGGAGGAUAAAAUUGAGGAUACUAUGGAAAAAAACUCAUUAUGUGCUGAAGAGAUUGGAGAAAAGGAUAGUCAGCCGAUUACACCGCAGCAUACUGAAAUAAAUACAGAAUUCGAAGAUGAAGCUAUGACAGUUACUUCUAAUGCAUUGGUUGAUGAUGCCAUCGUCAAAGUGCUUGAAACUACUGAAGCAAUAUCUAAACCAGUGACUGAGGCAACAAAGCCAACGAAAGGAGAAGAGAUUCCUCAACGAAUCACAAGGAACCGAGCACAAAUGUUGGCUAAUCUGAACAAGCAAAAUAAUACUGUCCCCUUGGAGAAGGAAACUGCUUCAGUUCAAUUAGGAAAACCAAAAGGGCGUAUCGUGGAGGAGGACGAUUUGCAGCAUCCGCGCAAAAGAAAAAUCCCCCGUGGUAAUCAUCAACCAAUAAUUCUCAACCCGUCAACACAGCAGACUCGAGAAAUGAUCCAGCAAACAUUGGCAGCUAUUGUUGAUGCGAUUAAAUUAGAUGUCAUUGAACCAUAUCAUAGUGACAGAUCAAACCCAUACUUUGAGUAUCUUCAAAUUCGUAAAAAGAUUGAGGAAAAACGUAAAAUAUUGUGCUGUAUAAUUCCACAAGCACCUCAGUGCUAUGCUGAAUAUGUCACCUACACUGGUUCCUAUUUAUUGGAUGGAAAACCACUCAGCAAACUCCACAUCCCCGUGAUUGCACCACCACCAUCCUUGUGUGAGCCUUUGAAGGAGCUUUUCAGGCAGCAAGAAGCUGUGCGUGGCAAAUUGCGUCUUCAGCAUAGCAUUGAAAGGGAAAAGCUAAUAGUUUCAUGUGAACAAGAAAUUCUACGAGUGCAUUGUCGAGCAGCAAGAACAAUAGCAAACCAAGCUGUGCCAUUCAGUGCUUGCACAAUGUUGCUUGAUUCUGAGGUGUACAACAUGCCAUCAGAAAAUCAGGGGGAUGAAAAUAAGACAUCAGUGAGGGAUCGAUUUAAUGCCCGACAGUUUAUUUCAUGGCUACAGGAUGUUGAUGAUAAAUAUGACCGAAUGAAGACCUGUUUGUUAAUGCGGCAGCAGCAUGAAGCAGCUGCAUUAAAUGCAGUACAACGAAUGGAAUGGCAGCUAAAAGUACAGGAGCUUGACCCAGCUGGACACAAGUCCCUGUGUGUCACUGAGGUCCCUUCCUUCUAUGUGCCAAUGGUUGAUGUGAAUGAUGACUUUGUGCUUCUGCCAGCAUGACGGUGAUAGCAUGUGGUUGAUAACCGUUUGUGGCACAAGUGGGAUACUUCCCAAAGGAACAUUAGUUUAAGGUUUUUUUUCUUUAAAAUCCUUAAGUGCUGCUUGCUAAUGAUUCCCUGUUUCAUGAGGAGGAAGCAUCAUUGAAACUAUAAUUGCACUUUUCACAGAUUUUAGAUAUCACUUCUGCAGGGAAGAAGGAUGUCAUGACAGGUCAGUGGUUCAGAUAUAAUGAAACUUAAGCAAUUACAGCCUGCACACCAACUGCAGGCCAAAGGUUGUAUGCCCGCAUUGAAGUGCAGAACAGUAGGACUCAGCAUAACUGGUAACUGCCAUCACAAUGCCCUUGAUCAUGUUUUUUUUUUUUUUUGCGAUAGGAAGGCAAUGACAAUUUAGUGAUGUAUGUUGGCAUUAACAAUAAUUUUAGCUUCACUUUAAAGAUUUGUUGGAAAAUGAGUAACAGUAUUGCAUAUAUCUGUUUAUUAACAGACAAGUUGAAUUGGGUGAUCAAAUGUGUAUUGUGUGGUCAAACUUCAUUGAUCAGGGUCAUCCGGUCACAAGUUGAACUUUCAAGUACAUUCUUAAUUAUUAUAAGACAAACUGGUAAGAUUUUGGAGCUUGAAGUCGUUUUAUUUUAGGAAAAAAUAAUAUCCAGCCUAUUAUACCCAUAUGGCUUUUACAUGAACUGUGAACACAACAGUGAUCAUGAGACUCAGACUCUACUGCAAUAUGUUACUGUUGCAAACAUGUAACUCAAGACAAACCCUGCUGAAGCAGUUUUAUUUUGGUAGGGCCACUGAGUGUGUUUUUCUUUUCUCUUUCCCCACCCAUCCCUUUAUGUUUUUGGGGCAUUCAUUGCUUCUCAAGUAGAGAGCACCACUUGACACUACAGAGCCAAUACUAAAUGGGUUUUUUAAAGAAUCCCUUAAAUUCUGUACAGUUUUUUAUACACAUUAACCAGUGUACUGUGAUGGCAAUGGCUGCCUUUAGAUAAUUUAUGUUGCCACUCAUUACUGCACAGUUGUAAAUAAGUACUCGUACUGUAAUAUCAUUCUUCAGAGCUAAAUGUAAAAAAAUCCUCAAAUGUACAGUUUUUUUUAGAUGGCACUUUCAUUUCAAUUUGGGAAAUGGGCCAAAUAAUUUGAAAUGCUCAUUGUUUUAUUGCUUAACCUUGGAAAGUCACAUUUUCGCAGUGGAAUCAAGUUUUGUUAUGGCUGCAGAAAAAUGUAUUCAGUUACUUAAAAUUUUAUACCUAUUUGUUAGUGUGGAGUAGCUUCUUCAACUUUUUAUUAUUCAACUGUGUAGUUUAUUUGCUAAAUCUUUUCAUGUUUACAUAAACUACUGCACAGUAAAUUUAAAAGGAAGCACUGAUUCUGAUUCAGUAUACAAAUUACUUUGAGGACAAAUGCCAUGUUAGUUUACUUGUGAAAAGUAGGCAUUGGGCAAUUGUAAUGCCACUUCUGCCUUUUGAGACAUGUGGAAUAUUUGGUUUGUAUUCAUACCCAAUAGUAAAUUUGUCACUAUUUAGGCCAUUUACACUUGUUUAUUGCUAUUUACAGAAUAAAAAUUGAGAAAUCAGAAUACCAGUCCUAGUUAAAAUGCUCUCUAAAACAAUGGCAAAUAGUCUUUUUUUCCCUUGCAAAUUUUAUUGACACAAAACUGUAUCAUCAAGAAGCAUGAUUUAAAAAAAGAAAUAGAACAAGUGUGCAGUUAUUUUGGUAAAUUACUAUAAGCAUUCUUCAAAUACAUAUCUCUAUUUACUGAUGUCAACAGGAAUUCAAACAUUAAAGUGGGGCACAAUUUUAAACAGCAAAGUAAAAUUCUUCAGAUUUUUGGCUUUCAUUGGGUACACACUCAUCUUCUGACUCAGGUUAAAUGACUUGUUCCCAUCCAAAUCUAAAAAAAAUCUUGCAUUCUUCAUACCUGUGAAUUCUUAAAUGGAAUUAUAACAGCCAGAUCGUAAAUCUUAAUCUUACAAACAGGUAAAAGGCAAGUUUAGGAUGAAAAUAAAAAAGCACUUUGAUACAAAAAGCGAUCAAUAGCUGGAGUGUUUUAAUGGUUAAAACAGUAGAGGCAAAUUCCAUAGAUGCUGGUCAGUGAAGAAUAUGUUUCUAUGAAGCACAAGCUAGGUUGAACCCUCUCAUCUAUAGUCACGUAAUCAUUAAAUAUCUAAAUAUAAGAUUUCACAGAAUACUGUGUUGUAUAAAAUCACCAGGCCUACUUCUCAAAUUCUGACCCCACUGAAUCCACAAUUGAGUGGGCUCUCUUUUGCAAUUAAACUAAAUAUUUACGAUGGAAAUUAAAAUGUGUAUCUAAUAAGAAGUUUGAAGAACAGCGUAAUGUUCACUCAUAAGUACUCGACAACUGUAUAAAAUAGCAAAGCAACUAUCAGAUAUAUGUUGUCCUCCAUUAAGUUCAUCACUGCUGCUACUGCACUGUUAUACAAUAGCUAUAGGCUGUUUUAUUACAGUUGCAUUUUAAUUAUCGUAAUUGUUUUUAAAUAGGUGGGCUAACAUUAUAAUCAGUGGGUUCAUGACUAUUUUUGAACUGUUGCAAAAGUGUACCAAGACACCAAUUAUCCUUCACAUAUUUAAAUUGCAUUUAUUCUUUUAAAAAUCUGUUUGAUAUUUUGCAGAUUUCAAGACUGGCCAAUUAUUUCAGUUUAUUCAAAGUGAAGAGUAGUACAUUGAAACAUUAUCUAUGGCGUUUUGUUAAUGUUUUAAGUCAUAGCAGUUUAAUCAUUCAGUUUUGUAGAAGACAGAAUCCUCAAAGGUGCUCACAUUAUGGUAACUUAAUAGGGAUCUGGUUAUUUCUAUCAAAAGAUCCUUUAAUGGAAAGCUGCAUUGAGCGCUGUGCACAUUGGCUUUUUGGUAUUGCGGUAUUGUAAAUUCCAACCUUUUUAGGUUUAGCAAGGGCAUUAUUUUAUUUCUUACUAUGAAAAUAGUACAAUUAUGUGUUUUGAACUACCUGAUUACUAUGAUGGCUCAUUGGUAAGUUUUCAGAAACCAACGUAUGCAGAAUGUCCUUCAGUUGGUGCCUGGAAAUUGUUGACAUUUUAUCUGGGUAAUUAUUGUUGAAUAGAAAAAUGAAUAUAAAAGUUCAGCAAAAAAAUCUGAUUGUUUACACUAACUUCAGAGUCCGGUUCCUGUUCUGUACUGUAUUUUGAUUAGUUGUACUAUUUUUGGAAAGUAAAUGUAUUGUAAAUCAGGCACAUGUUUUCUUUGUAAUGUUAGCAGUUGAACUGCGUGCAUUGUAUACCAUUUUUGUCAACUGGAUCUUUGAAGGUAGGGCUCAAACAGUGGAGAUAUUAUAUCCAUAUUUAAAUACUAACAAACAGAUGAAUGAUACUCAAUAGACUGAUGAUUUAUUAAAAUAUAUUUUAUAGCCAUGAGAUGCAGUGCAACUAAACUGAGGGUUGCAGGACUUCAGUAAAUAUUGGUCUGAUUGUGACAUUUCCAUAAUUUGAGAUAUUCCCAUACCAGUCCCAGAAAAAUGCACCUGAUGAAUGAUUCCAGAUUGUGGUCAAUCCCGCAGUGUUUAAUUUAGCAGUGUUUAGAUUUAUGUAUGCUUCACUACUUGCCUUUUUUCCAAAUAAUCUUUCCCUUUUUGAGGAGUUGAGUGUGUGUAAAAGAUUUAAUAGCUCACAGUGCCUAAAAUUUAGCACUUUUGCAUCAUGCCAUUACAAAUCACCUUUU